CAGGCUCUUAUUGUGGUAGUCUCCCCGCAGGAAGUUCGGUGUCGGCGUUAGAUAAGGAGCUCAGCAUCGACACUGGUGCUGCUGCUGCGCGUCUCUUCACUGUGACCCUGCGGAGAUGUUAGCCCGUUCCCGGUGAAAAAACACACCGCUGCUCUGCUCCGUGAACAUGCCUCACCACAGGCUGUAGCUGAGCGGGAUUCACGGACAGAAGAGCGGGGCAGAGAAGGCCAGAUCUCCGGGACAGGUUUGGAGGAUAACACCGGCAGGAUGUGGCAAGUUUUAGCAUGUGGGGUUGUAGUUUUCCCCGGUCUUUUCUUCGCCUUCAGGAAGAUUCUGCCCACUGUGUUCAAACACUGGACCGAUGCCGACGUGGUUCUGGUCAGCGAGAGACUGGUGUCAUCCAUCCACGCCCUCAUGGCAACAACAGCAGGAGUCAUCGUGGUGUUAUCAUGCAGAGGCAACAUCAUUUAUGACAGGCACUGGCUGGCUACCUACUUCGUCAUCUGGUACGGCGUCCCCUACAUGACAUACGACAUCUUCGCCAUGUACCUCAGCCACUACUACCGCUACCACGUCAAGGGCCACGAGGACUACAAGCAGCACUCGCUGAGGACCGUAAACUCCUUCGUCCGGAAAGAGUUUCUGCUGGUGCUGCACCACAUCGCGCUGCUCACCAUCCUGCUGCCUAUCACACUGUUCUUCAGGAAGGACCAGGGGGAUUUCUUCAUCGGCUGCUUGUUUCUAACAGAGCUCAGCACUCCCUUCGUCUCCCUGGGCAAGAUACUCAUUCAGCUCAGCCUCCAGGACUGCUGGCUGCACAAGGCCAAUGGCGGCAUGGUGCUCGUCACCUUCUUCAUGUGCCGCAUCGCGCUCUUCCCCUUCAUGUACUGGAUGUACGGCCGCCACUACGGCAUCCCCCUCUACAGCGUGCCCUUCCACCUGCCGCUCUCCACCAACCUGGGCAACUCAUGCAUCCUGGCGCCACAGGUCUACUGGUUCGUGCUGCUUUGCAGAAAGGGCUACCGGCUUUACCAGCGAAGCCGUGGGCCGCCAUCUCCCCCGGCCGCCAACACCUCGAAGGAGGAUUGAUGUCCGGUUUGCUCCCGCUCCAUCAGGCUGCACACUCAGCUUCUAACUCAACCCCAUUAUGGUACUGUAGUACACCAGGACUGCCUGCUCUCUUUCCACUACUCCUGGGCAUUUUCCCACACACUCUAAUUCCUCUGUAACAAAGCUGUUGCCUAAACGGACCUCUCACUCUGUUUGAUUGUUUUUUUUUUUUUACUUUGAAGUGCUGCACUUUUCCACACCCGGAGACCUGAAGAAGGGUCACUUUCACCUCACUGGGAGUGAAAAGUGGAGCAAACGGGUCGAGCUCCUGAGGAGAGACUUUAUCCUGUCUUUCACUCCUGCUGUUUUAACAGCUGCUGCUGAUCGGAAAGAUUUGUUACAGCGAGAGUCUGUUAUCACAGGUUUUAUUUAACUGUAUGGUUUUAUUACAGCUCAGAUGUCACAUGGUUGUGAGCUGUGAUCGAUGGGCUCUGUCAGCGAAAUGCACCACCUCAACCACAUUUAGGAGCUGCAAACAGCUACAAAUCAUUACAAAUCUGCGUUAUUAUUCCAAUUCUACAGGUUUUUAUUUCAGAGUUGCAGAAGUUUCAAGGGCUUCUUUUUAGGAUCUGAUUUCAUGGCUUAAAUCACCUCGAGGAAACUGAUUGGAGUUGUCAAAGUUCUCUUUUUGAUUUACUGCUGUGCAAUUUUUCUAAUGUGAAUUCACUUUUUCAUUGCAUAUUUUCAGUGGAGGUUACACUGGAGCAUCCUGGGUGAAAGUGAGAGCCGGCGUAGGGCAGCCUGGAAGAGUUAGGGAUGUGAUGAUAAUAGCUCAGGUUCUGGUCCAAUAAGGGGUAAAUCUAGUUUGUCACCUAGACAGACUUUAUUAACAGAGAAGGUGUGCAGUCUUCAUCAGGGUCAUCGCAAAACAUUUAACAGCUACUUUUAUUUUUAAUUAAUACAACCUUUUUAUUUUCAAACUGCUGCAUUUAACUAGAAGGAUGAAAAACAGAAACAAUAAAAACAACUAAUCACCUAACAGAUAGCCAGGCUGACCAAUGAGCAGUUUGGGGGGUGGGGUUUGAGGUCAACUAGGCUCUUCGUUGAAUGAUGACCCAGAUGAAGGCCACAGGUCCAGACGUGAUGGUUUGCUUAUAGAGCAGAGCUUUACAGUCUACUGGUGAGACUCCUCACCUCAUCAGAUUUGUGUCCCUCUCCGUGCGACGCUGAAGCUGUGCCAGAAACAGACGGCAAUUUUCCAAACAUAGUCAGAAACGUGGUGAAAACCAACCGAAUCAGGAGGUGUGAUUACAGCUUACAGCAUAGUGAGUCCAUCAGUUUAUGGGAGCUUCUGUAUCAGGGGCUGCCUGAAGCAAUUAACAAGAAUGACUGUAUAUGAAGAUCUUUUUAAAGAUUUAAAUCAUGCUUUAAUUUAGUUUAAAAUUAGUUAUGUGGCUUAAAUUAAACCUGCUGUACAUCUUAAUCAGAGAGGACCAUUCCCAGAUACUGGUAGAUAUUUAUCUGAAAGGCUUUUGUGAAAGAUAAUAAAUACUUCUUGCUUAGUUUUACUUCUUUGUCUAUAUCAAUAAAAUGUGUAUAGAAAAAUAUUAUAUUUAGUUUCAAGUGGAAGCUCUUAGUCAGGAUCAGAGGUGUUUUUAUCGUUUCCUGUCCUUCAUGCUAUGCAGCUGAACACAUUGCAUGCACAGAGUGCAGCACCAGUCAGGGUAGAACCCAGUGAUCCAUUCAUCACAUGACAUUUAACCCAUCAUGUUAUAUUUCAGACGAUUGGUUCAGACUUCCCCGUCUUUGUGUCCAUUCGGUCAGUUCUAACUGCUGUGGUCCAUAACUGUUGGGGUAAAUGUUGUGCGCUGGGAACUGGUUCCGACUGAAGGCUGACCUCAUCAGGUUAAAUCUUUAAAAUCAUUUAGAAACCAUUUAGGUGUCCUAAUUAUUGUCAGCAGCAUGAAACAAUGUGAAUAAUCUGCAAAGAUGGUGGGAAUGUUGUUAUUGCGGUCUCUGAUUUAAGGUCAGCUCCUCGAGUUCUGAACCAGACAAGGUUGGACUGCUCCCUCCAGAUUGGGGGAGGUAUCGGUCCGGAGAGAUUGCAGGAUGGAGCGGGACAUAGAUAAAUGGACUGGGGCCUCGCCCUCUCUGGUGGGCGAGAAAUGGCUACCCAGAAAGCAAAGCUUUGGAUUUACCAGUCCAUCUAUGUUCCGUUUCUCCUCUAUGGUCAUGAGAUAUGGACCAUGACCGAACGGCUGGGUACAGUCGACUGGAAUGAGCUUCCUCUGUAGAGUGGCUGGACUCAGCCUUGGAGAUGGGGAGAGGAGUUAAAGCUGCUGAACGGGAUCCUUCCUGGCCACCUCCCAGUUGGAGGUGUUCCCACUGGGAGGAGAGUCCAGGGAGGAACUGGAUCUCACUGGACGGUUUAUAUGUCCCUCUUAGCUUGGGAACAGCUGGAGAUCUCCCAGAAUUAGACGGAGCGGGUCUCUGGGUUUCCCUCCUGCUCCUGUUACCUCUGUGACCUGACUUUAGAUCAGCAGAACGCAAUACUUGAACUGAUGGAUGCCAGCCUGGAUCCUGAGUUCAUCCCUCUGGUGGUUCUGGCCUGUUGCCUCCUCCUUUAUUCUCUUCUCAGCAGAGCUGUGAACCAAGCCUAAUUACUGCUGAACAUCUAGCAUUUGUAACACUAGCAUUGAUGACUAAAUAAACUAGCAGACCAAGCAAAGUUGUAGCAGAAAAGUGAAUUAAGCUGAAUUCUACUUAUUCUUCUGAGGACACUGUUGUCAGGAUUACUGAUGGGAUUAAAGUGACAGAAGUUCUGUUUAUAUUUUGUUUCUUUCUGAAUGGACAAACAUUCUUAGUUUUAUUUAAAAUGAAAGGAUACCUUGCUCUGGAUUAGGACCCACUACUCCUACAAGCUGUUAGAACAUGGGUGGACUGCGUUGAAUCUACCCAGUCAUAGGCAGUCCUCUUCGCUGCUACAUUCUUGACACUCACUACUCUAUUUCCUGCAACACAAAGUAAAAAUCCUUUGCCACCUGUUGUCACCCUGUUGACCUAUAGUCAGUUUGUGGGCUGCACAUGAGGCCAGCAUGAUAAGCUCUGCACACAUCAUUACCAUCUCCUCCAUGCUCCAGCCAGGACCUUCAUGUACUGCCACCACUAUAGUAAAUGACAACAACCUCGAUAAAGACAAACCCCUCAGAGAUCCUCACACUACAGUCCCAUUAAAUCCAUUUGCUACACUCACAGAUUUGUGCUGCUUUCGCUUUUUUGUGUCACUUAAAUAUUUCAGAUUAUCAAUCAAAUGUUAUAUCAAAGAUGGUAAAUGGCCUGAACUUGUAUAGUGCUUUAUCAAGUCCCCAGAGACCCCAAAGCAUUUCUCACUACAUUCACUCUACAUUUAGUCAUUCACUCUGACCGUGGUGACUUACAUUGUCCUGGGACAGACAGACGGAAGUGAGGCUGCUAUACAAUCAGUGCCACUGAGCCCUGUGACCACCACCAGCAGGCAGGGAGGGUGAAAUGUCUUGCCCAAGAACCCAACAACUAAGACGAACAGAGCGGGGGUUCAAACUGGCAACCCACCGGUUACAGGAUGAGCCCCUACCACUGCAGCCACCGUCGUCCCAAAGAUACCUGCACAGAUAUCCUGAGUAAAUACAAAAUUUGGUUUUUAAAUGGUUCUUUCUUUUAUUAUAGGGAGCAGCUAACCAAACUAUCCACAGCCAGGUCUGAUUUCUGCCAGACACGUAGAAUCAAAUCCGUUAAAUAGAACCGGUCUGGCAACAUGAAGUAGAGUAAAAGAUCUCAAAAAGCACCACAUCAUACCCUGAACUAAAACAAUCCAAGAACAGAUGAGAAACGGAGUCACUGACAUUUAUUAGUCUGGAAAGGAUUACAAAGUCAUGUCUAACUCUUUGGACUCCAGAGAACCACAGUGAGAACCAUUACACAAGGAGAAAACAUGGAACAGUGGAGAACCUUUCAAGGAGUGGAUGACCUACCAAAAUGACUCCCAAAAACUCAUCAGCAACUCAUUCAGGAGGUCAGAGAAGAACCCAGAACAUCAUCUAAAGCUCCACAGGCCUCACUGCCUUAGUUAAGGUCAGAGGUCAUGAUUCAACAAGAGGAAAGACAAAAAUGGUCUGUAUGGAGUUCCAGAACGAGCGCUGACCCAAAAGACCACAAAGGCCAGUCUGGCAUUUACUGAAAAACAUCUUGAUACUCAAGACUUAUGGUAAAAUAUUCUGUGGAAUGAGGAGACAAAGUGGACCUUUCUGGAAGGUGUGGGCACCGUUACAUCUGGUGUAAAACUAACACAGCCUUUCAGAAACAGAGCAUCAUACCUGCAGUCAAACAUGGUGGUGGUAGUAUGAUGGUCUAGGGCUGCAAUGCUGCUGAAGGCCCGGAACGACUUGCUGUAAUAGAGGAAAUCAUGAAUUGUGUUCUGCAGCAGUAAAUCCUGAAGAAGGUCUGAAAAUCAGUUCCUGACUUCAGACUAAAGAUCAGUUUGGUUCAGAUCAAUGAUCCAAAACCCACCAGCAAGUCCUCCUCUAAGAGUAGCAUAGUUAAAGUCCAGACUUCAAUACUUAAAUUUAAUUAAAAUGCUGUGGCAUUACCUUAAACAGGCUGUUCAUGCUGGAAAACCCUCCAAUGUGUCUGAAUCAAAACAGUUCUGCAAAGCGGAGUGGGUCAGAAUUCCUCCACAGUGACGUUAAAGACUCAUUACCAGUUAUCAUGAAGACUUGAUGGCAGCUGCUGCUGCCAAGGGUAGAACAAUCAGUUAUUAGGUUUAUGGGGUAACUUUUUCCAUGUUGGUUAAUAAGUGAAACCAUUUGAAAAGAUUUAUUUUUUUGUUCUGGUUAUUUUUUGCCUGAUAUCAAGACCUGUUUGAUGAUCAGAAAUAUUAAAGUAUCUCUCCCUUCUAGCUGAAUCUUCUGUGUAUUGUGAGGUCUUCUACCAUGAAGGCACCUUUUCAUUUGAAGUUCUUGCAUGCGUAAAGACCUGCAUGCUGUUAGAGCUCAGAGUCUGUCGGUCUGUUUACCGCUGAGCGGCGGAUAAUUUGGGGUGAGAAGAGCCCAACAGCUCCAUGGCUGCUUGUUUGUCUGCAGACCUGUUCUUGUUUGCUGCUGAUGAAGCCACAGUUACUGGAAGCAUUCCAUCUGCGUCGUUUUCCUAUUUCUGUCGCUGUCUUCCUGUUUACUGCCCCCAUUUUUUCUGCAUGGCCAUUAGUGAAAAGCAUCGGAUUUUUAUUCAGCUCAUUCCCUUGUUAUGGUCAGUGUUUCUCACCUCACAGUUUAUCUGCUUUCUCAUCCAUAUGAUCCACUGCCAGUCCGGUUAAUGGGCUGUGAAGGUGUAGAAGUUUGCAGAGCAGAGAGAGUCCUUCUGCUGCCUUCUCCUCUCUGGACUGUUGGCUACUCAUCCUUUCCAUUUCCAGCUGGUCCAGCUGUCUCUGGCCUUAAUACUCGUUUUCCACCAUCUAGAUUUCAGCUUCCAUAAAAUGCACCGAGGAACAGGAGCAUUUGCUUCUUAUUAUGUUUUUUGAGGUUUUAAAUAUAAUUCUCCAAAUACCUCAAAAAUUUAUUUAUAAUUGUUUUGCUUGUAGUCAAAAAUUAAAGUUUUUUUAAGCUUGCAGAAAGCUCCAGCUUUCUCUGCUCAGGGUGAUGACACCUAUAGUGAGAACAGUUACAGAAACCAGAACAGGUCUUAAGGUAAUUUAACUGAACUGAUAUAAAUUUAGGCUUUGUUUUUAAAUAUCAUAAAUGUAGCAUUUCUAUUUAAAAAACACAUUACCCAUUUUGUUAUCACAUUUAAUUUCCCUCCUAAUUUUAAUGUAUUUAAUGAACAGUUUCUAAAGAAGCGCAUCAUUUCAUCUGGCCAGAAACUAGGGAGGUGCAACCGAACUGCUGGUGUUUUCCCUACAUUAAUAUUGGACAACUGGCACCAUCUGCAAGCUGUGUUGCACAUUAACAGCUGAUCCAGUUUAUCAAACAGAACUUCUUUAAGGUCCACGUGUUCUUAACAGAGGACAUUUAAAUUCAGGAUAUAAAAUCUGCAGAAACUGUCUUUAUCUGUGUACAUGCUGGUGGAGAGUAACAUCUGUAUCAGCAGAGCCCCCUGGUCCAUCUUCACCUUAUGUUCUGAUACCAAAGACUCCCAUUUAGUUCAGUCACUGACUGUGAGAAAAUGAAAACUAAAUGAUUUAUUUUUCAAAUCUUAACGGACCUCCAGUCUUUUCUUGUUAACUUCAUUAUUAGCAUCUAGUCCUAAAAAUACAGACUUGCAUGAACGUCUUGUAUUACAGAAUAUACUGAUGGUAUUUUUGAAAACCGCAGGUCAGGCUGUCCAUUGCUAACACUAUCAACAACCAUAGCAUAGUGCAAAAAUGAAUCAGGAUCAUCUUAAAAAUUAGAUUUAGACAAAGUUUACCUAAUAAAGGUGCCGGUGAGUGUAUGCCGAAAUAAGACUUUUACACUGACGUUCAGUCCUUACAUUCAUACCUGGUGUGUGCACUGUUGACCAUUAAUACGUCUCUGCUAACAUUUGGAGGAAGUGUUAGCAUUGCAUGCUAGCGUUAUCAUAAAGGGGAAUUGGCCUGUUUUACAACAUAUUCAUGUUGGAUCUGAACUUUAAAGAUAAUGUGUAUCAACUUCAACCCUCUAACCGAUGUGGGAAUCUUACCAUGGUCUUCAACUAGAAUGUUAGCAUGCUAAUCUUUUAGCGCUGUUUGGCCCAACUACACUUUGACCUCUGCUAAGUCCCGAGUCACAUCAGGGCCCAGGCAAAACUUGGAUGUUAUUUGGGAAUUGGUUAAACAGCAGGCAUAUAGUGAAUUUAAAUGAAAUGCAUUCCUUUUAACCUUUUGAGUUAAUAUAAUUAGCAGAAGCUCAUUUUCUAGAAAUAAGCUAGCUUUCGGUUAGCUAGGGGAGACUUCCUUGCUAACAGUUUAACAUCUUUUCUGUUUCUGACAUAAAGUAACAAUAAAGGUGAUUUAUUAACUCCAGUUAGUCUGAAUUAUACAGAGUUUGCUCUAGAGCUGACUAAGCAAGACUUAAACACAUUUAUUCAUAACUAGUGUUGUGUUUUCUAACAAUUAUCUUUAACAGUUGCUCCACACUACACAGUAACUUCACCCAUACCAAUAAAUUAUAAAUCCAAUUAAUAGCGAGGCUGAACAAUUUAUAAAUCACCAGUAAGCACCUUUGAGGCAGAACUGCUGGUUGAUUAAAACUGGACUAGGACUAAUUCCUCCCCCAUUUUAACUAAUGCUCUAAAACUGGUUACCGGUUUAUAAAGUCAUUACAGCUUGAUUAAUAAAAUGUACCUUUUAUUAGACAUUAAUAGUGGUAGUUGUAAAGUGAUGCCAUAGCUGAUUUCUUCAGACCCUCUCCAGACACACAGACUGGGUUUAAUGAAGUCGUGCAUAAUUUAAGGAGAGGUUAGCUCAAUGCUUGCAUGUUUUUGGAUCAUCAUAGUUUCAGUAGAUCCCAUGUUUCACUGUUUAGUUGAGCUAUAAGUUAGAAUAGUCUUGUCUUUGAAUUGGUUUUGCAUCUUCACAGUAAAAACGUCUGUUGGCUGCGACUGGUCUGGUUUAAUUUGUCUGAAAUUUAUUACCAAACACAGGCUUCCUAUGCUGUCUGGAAAAAUGUUCAAGAUUCCAGACAUUAUACCCUUCUCCAUUUUCUUAAAGAUAAAAAUUAGAAGACAGAGAAACCACAGAUAUGCUGUUUUGGCCAGUAGACAUUUCCGCAUGAGUUUCCUAAACUGGGUCCUGUUUAGAUGCCAAACAAACUAGAUUUGUUUGUGUGUUUCUUUACUAAUGAAAAUAAAAGUAUCAAAGAUCACAAACUGAUUCCAAGAAUCUGCAUAUCAUGAAGAAUAUUCCAGUUCAGAUUUGCUGUCUCUUUUUUAAAGUAGAGCUGGUCGAAGUUCUUCCAGAUACCAACUCCAGACCAACCAGUGAAAUGGUCCUUCUCCACACUGCGCAACCAGAAACUGUUGAGGAAAAUGCAGAUAACAAAACCCAACUAUAGGAAGCUGUUUUAUGCUCAGAUGUCCAGAAUAAUAUAAAAACUGAAAUCUUCCUCAGUUUUGUCCUGGAAAAGUUUAGAAUUUUAACAAUAAUUGUUUUAACCCAGUAUAUAUAAUCAUCUUUAUUGGUCAUUGCAACAAAAUGUGUCCUCUGCAUUUAACCCAUCCCUUAUAGGGAGCAGUGGGCUGCCAUUGUGCAGGAAACCUUCUGGGGCUAAGGGUCUUGCUCAGGGACCCAGAGUGGGAAUCUGUGGGAUACGAACCUGGCCCCUUGUGUCCCCUCUGGAACACAAACCUCCUGUUCUAACCACUAGGUCACCACUCCCCAUAUGGCAAUGUAUAAAGUCGGUCAUGUUUAUCACAGGGUGCAGUAAAUGUAGCGUAAAGAAGCUGGACACCACAUUGGUCAGACGUGCAGAACGUUGCAACCCAAAGCUAGCAGUUAUACAGCAAAGAGAACCUGCAGCUCAUUCUUCAGAUUAAUUUACGCACUGAGGAUCCCUGAGGGACGCGGCUCAUUCGGUUUUUCAUCCACCAACGAGCCGGUCCUUUAUUUGUUACGGUUUUUUUGUUUUAUAUGAUUCCUUAAUAAGCUUCCUUUACUUCAGCUCGGAUCCAUCUCUAAAGUCAAGACAUUCUUCCUAGAAUUUUGUUUUUAGUGAAAAUGGAUUUGUUGACCGGAGCCGGCCCAAGGUUGGAAGGGGCCUUUCACAGUUUGGAUGUUGGGGCCCAUCAUCCAACAAGUCACCACUAGAGGGCAGCACUGACACUCUUGUUAAUAUAGCCCAUUCUUGCUGCAGAGUUGAGUUUUGCUAUAAUUUCUCAUUCAUGGACUAAAAUCUUACAGAAACGGUGGAGGCGAGGUUUCUUCCAUUCAUUUAUCCUGGAAGUUGUCUCUGAUGUUUAGCUUUUCCAAACUAUUUCACCAAAAUUAAACUCGGUAAAUUGGCCGUUAAUGAUUUGAGAUAUAUUUGCAGUUACAGUUUGCAUGAAGAGAUCGAACUCAGAGCUUUCAGUUAUAAUUUUCAAGCUACAGAUAUGUUUCUCAUUAGGUAUUAUUACUAGAGAUAGCAUAUAUAUCAGUAAGUAAAUCUGAAACCAGUCAAAAUAUCGGGGGGGCUCAUGGUUUGGGGGUCCUACACUUCAGCUCAGUUUACUUAUACCUCAGGCCGGCUCUGAUGCACACUCACAUCCAUAUUAAUUGGUUUCAUCAUCCUGUGUGGACAGAAUACCUGAUCGUCCUGUGGGAACCGUUAAAUAGAAAUGAGCAACAAUAAAAACCCAAGCAUAUAAAAUCCAGAUGUUUCUGUCAAACUGGAUGACUGAAGAAGAACCUGGAGAACCUUCAGCAUCAGGCAGAUCCAGCAACAUCCUGCAUGUGGCUGAAUAAAAACAAAAUAAAUAACUUACGGGGACUGAAUUUGAUCUGACAGUGAACCAAACUUGGUCUCUGGUGCCUUGUAAAACAUCUAUUUGUGAUAUAUCUACAAAACUGAGUUUAAAGAGCUAAGUUGGCAGGUGGUGUUUACAGGUUGUGGCUGUUUCUAGAAUUCAUGAUUUUCAUUCAUUCAUUGUUUCAGAGACGAGGCAUUUUAGUGUUCAGACAUGUCGGCUCAUAAACCAGAAACGUUUCGUUUUUAACUCCUAGAAUCUAAAUUAAUAGAUUUAUGAGGUGAAAUAUCUUUUCAUAUUUUCUAGAUUCGUGGCAUUUUAUUCGUCAUUCAGACGGUUUCUUUACAUUGUUUGAACAUUUAUUUAAUUCAGGCUUGAACGUGUUUGCUGUGUCUCUGUUGCUUCAGUGCCAAGGUGUCCAAAGUGUGGCCGGCGGGCCAUUUGUGGCCCUCAGAAUAAUUUUGUUCUGUCUGCGACUGCAAUUCAGAAAUGCGAGACUUUAACUGAAGGAGGUACAACACAAAAAUUCAUCUUUUACUAACCACACUUUUGCUUUUCUUUCAAAUUCAUAGUAAAUAGGAGCUCAAAUGGGCCCAGUGGUGGUGCAGGAGUUAAGCACGCGACCCAUAUACAGAGGCUACAGUCCUUGACGCAGCCAGCGCAGCUCCGAGUCCCGGCCUGUCAACCUUUGCUGCAAGUCUUCCCCUCUCUCUCCACCCCAUUUCCUGUUGGUUAAAUUACAAAAACAAAGGCCACUAAAGCCACAAAAUUAAAAUAAAUAAAAUAACAAAUAAGACCUCAAACAUCCAGCAGAUUUGACGACAAAGCAGAUUUUUAUUCUACAGCUUGUUACACUGACCCAAAUCCUUUGGCAGAGCAAUCAUUUAAGACCCUUGUUAUGAUUGAAAUCAGGCUACUUUGGGUGUUUCAUUAAAAUAUUGUGUGUAGUUCAUUUCUGAACAGGAAAAAUGUUUAGCAUUUUUAAUUUUCGGAAAUUGGUUCUAGAGUUCCUCUAGCUUUGCGGUAAUUUUGUCCCGCAUGGCGAACAGUUUGGACAUCGUCGCUUUAGUGAAUGAGUUUGUUUUUGACGUUUGACUCGGCUCCAUAUCACUCCGUGUCCCUGACUGAUUUAAACGCAGCAUCUUCACAACCUUCAACACUUCCUGCCCCACUUAUUUUUGAUAACACUCUAAUUUUUCAUACAUAUAUAAAAUAUCUCAGAUUUAAUGCAUCUGUCCUUUUUUUGUAGCGUGACUUUUUUGAGGAAAUGUUUCCUAUCUGAAAUGUGACUAAACUGUUUUAUGAAAUGAAGAGGAGUUAUGUACUGUAGCUUGUGAAAUCAGAGUACCCCUUUAAAACUCAAUAAAUAUGAUUUGAUUGAC